AUGACUUCCGGCAAGAGCGGCCGAAGAAGAAGAUCUAGCAGCAUCAUCUACCAAGAACCGCCUGAGUCAUUGGAACAAAUCAGUGACCAGUCUGCCCUGCCCAACCUCAAUUCACAAUGGGUGAACGCCAAAGGAGCCUGGACGAUACAUCCUGUUCUCAUCAUCGGCCUGAAGAUAUUGUUUGACAUAAUUCCCGGCAUGACGCAAGAGAUAUCCUGGACCUUGACCAAUAUAACCUACAUGGCUGGUUCAUAUCUGAUGUUUCACUGGGUCCGCGGCGUCCCGUUCGAAUUCAACGCUGGAGCCUACGACAACCUGAAUAUGUGGGAGCAGAUUGACAACGGCGACCAGUAUACCCCCGCGAAGAAGUUCCUCUUGACGGUUCCCAUUGUGCUUUUCCUGCUCAGCACGCACUAUACCCACUACGACUUUACGUACUUUACCAUCAACUUCAUGGCUCUCAUGGCGGUCGUGAUACCCAAACUACCGCAGUUCCACCGUGUCAGAAUCGGUCUAUUUUCAGAGCCCCCGGAUGAAUGA